UUGGAAUUCUAAGGGCUUUCUUUCGCCGUUUGCAAUCACCGAGAGUUCUACCGUAUAAAAUGAAAUGGUCGGGCUUUUUGAUGGAUUCUGUGAGUGGUCGCACGCGUUUUGCAUACAAUGAAAGGGAGUUCAAGAGACAACAAGAGGAUGCUGAGAAGUUACAAAUGAGCUUGAACCGGAUGGUUCCUGCGGCAGAAACCAAGGAUUUAGGCGCGUGUGUCACAGUGGGAAACAGUCUGACCAAAGCUUUUCGUCAGGUGGAUCGUAUUUGUAUGAGAAAUAAUGUUCCCCGGCAAUUCAAGAACCAAAGGUACUAUGAAAAACCUAGUGAGAAGCGCUCACGUCUUCGCUCAGAAGCUCAUCGAGCGAAGUUUCGCGCCGGCAUUAUACGACUCGUUAACUUGGCAAAGAAUAUGAGACGCUGGGGAUAUUGAGAACAAAACUUUUAGAAAAGAAAAAACCUUGCAUGCUAUUUGACAUUUUAUAUAAUGCGGUUAUUUCUUACCGGCACUUAUAUUUUAUUUUUUUGAUUAGUUUUUGGUAUACAGUGUCUUUCAAACUUGAUGCUAUAUGCGAUUACUCAUUUAAUGCCUCCCCUCUUACAUUGAAAUAUGUUCUUAUCUUACUUUUCCCAUUUGGAGUAUUGCAGUGAAUGUUUAUGAAAAGCUUGGGGUUCGCUGGAUUUCGUUCAUCUUGAAUGCUUCCAAGUAAAACUCCCAAACAUCCAAGUACCCAGGAACCGAUAAUGAGAAUACCGCCUACGUUAGAGCUUCCUAUCUUAUAUUUUUUUACUUUAUUUUAAGACCUUCUCUUCGUAAUAAUAGAUAAUUUUCAAUUUAUUCCAUAAGUUGAUUCAGCCUGUUCUAAUAUUCUACCAUUCGUUUAAAUAACAC